ACCGCCAAACUAAACUAGUUGGCUUAUUCUUGGAAAAAGAUGUGGAUUACCGCACCAUUGAAUCGGAAUUAGCAAGCCAAUAUGAUGAGGAAAAAUUACCUUCUACCGACUAUUUAAGUCAAGAAUUAACCUAUCAUCAUUUGCGAGCGGUAGUCAAAGGAAUAAUCACUAGUCUUAGUGCUUAUGCUUGCCAUGACCCAGCUUGA